AAGGCCGGGGGCUGCGGCGGGGCGGGCCGAUGCGCGGGGCUGCAGGCUCCUCCUCCGCCGCCGCGCCGGGGAUGCUGCUGCCGGGCCCGCACCGGGAGCCCCGCCGAGCGCCGCGCCGCCGCGCCGAGCAGCCAGCGGCCACCCGAGGCUGGCAGCUCCGGGGCGCAGCGAGGUCUUUGCUAUGAUCGCAGCAGCAGCCGGCUCUAUCUGCUGCCCGGACCCUUCGCCCCACGGUUCAGCCGGGCUCCGCUCCCCCCGCUGCAUGCCCCCGGCCCGGGACCAGCAUGGGCAGUGUCAGUAGCCUCAUCUCCGGCCACAGCUUCCACAGCAAGCACUGCCGAGCUUCCCAGUACAAGCUCCGCAAGUCAUCCCACCUGAAAAAGCUCAACAGGUACUCGGACGGGCUGCUCCGCUUCGGCUUCUCCCAGGACUCCAGCCACAAAUCCAGCUCCAAAAGCAGCAAGAAUGAGGACUUCUUUUACAUCAAGGUCAGCCAGAAAGCUCACGGCUCCCACCGAGCGGACUAUACCUCGCUUGCCGGCGGGGAGCUGGGCAGCCAAGCCGGGACGAGCGGCAUGGACUUCGGGACGCCCACGCCGCAGAAGCUGAUGCCCUUCCCCAGCCAGCUGGAAGUGGGCGCGGAGAAGCCGGCUGCACGACCCACCGCCUUCAAGCCGGUGCUGCCCCGGUCCAGCGCCAUCCUCCACUCCUCCCCGGAGAACGGGGGUCAUCUCUCCCAGCCGCUGCACGCCUCGGACAAAGCCAAGGAGCAGGAGCUGAAGCCGGUGCUGUGCUCGGGGGGUCUGUCCGACGCCGGCAGGAACUCCAUGUCCAGCCUCCCCACCCACAGCACCAGCAGCAGUUACCAGCUCGACCCCCUUGUCACGCCCAUGGGACCCAUCAGCCGCUUCGGGGGCUCAGCCCACAACAUCUUGCAGUGCGCCAUCAUCCAGGACAGCAACAUGAUGAGCCUCAAGGCCAUGUCCUUCUCCGAUGGGGGCAACAAGAUCCUCAACCCUGGCAAAGCCUCUCACCACCACGCCACUGAGAAGACCACUUGCAUCCGUUCACCCAUCUCCACAGACGAGUCCACCAUCCAGGAGCUGGAGCAGAAGCUGCUAGAGAGGGAGGGAGAGCUGCAGGAGCUUCAGUCAAGCUUUGAGGAGAAGGAAGUCAGCUCCUGCCAGGCUUAUGAAGAGAAGCAGCGGCGCUGCAAGGAAGAGCUGGAGGGCCUCAAGCAGAAAUGCAAUAGCAAGCUCAAACAAACCUCACAGAAAACCCAGCGGACGCAGCAGGUCCUUCACCUCCAGGUGUUCCAGCUGCAGCAGGAGAAGAAGCAGCUCCGGGAGGAGCUGGAGAACCUCAUGAAAGAGCAAAACCUGCUGGAGACCAAGCUGAGGUCCUAUGAGAAAGAGAAGACCAGCUUCGCCCCGGCGCUGGAGGAGACCCAGUGGGAGGUGUGCCAGAAGUCGGGGGAGAUCUCCCUCCUGAAGCAGCAGCUGAAGGAGUCGCAGACGGAGCUCAACACCAAGACCACCGAGAUCCUCAGCCUGAAGGCUCAGCUGAAGGAGGUGAGGCUGAAGAUGGAAGGGCUGGAGAUGAAGACCCAGGACCUGGAGGGCUCCCUGCGCACCAAAGCCAUGGAGCUGGAGGUGUGCGAGAACGAGCUCCAGCGCAAGAAGAACGAGUCCGAGCUGCUGAGGGAGAAGGUGAACCUGCUGGAGCAGGAGAUCGUGGACCUGCGGACGGAGCUCGCCGUCCUCAAGGAGCAGCUGAACGAAGCCCGGGAGGUGGCCAGGCCCUGCGCCAUGGCGGACGAUGCUCAAGCCCUGCAGGGAGAGGUGGAGAGGCUGAGGGCAGAGCUGAAGGCUGAGCAGGACAACAACGAGCAGAUGACCUCCAGCUUCCAGCACGAGCGGCAGACGUGGAAGGAGGAGAAGGAGAAGGUGAUUCACUACCAGAAGCAGCUGCAGCAGAGCUACCUGCACAUGUACAAGAGGAACCAGAACCUAGAGAAGAUGCUCCAGCAGCUUGCUGCAGGGGAAGAUGGCAAGGAGCCCAUCGAGCUGGACAUACCGGGCGCCGACGUCCCCUACGAGGACAUCAUCGCCACUGAGAUCUGAGCCAGGUCUGCCUUCUCCCUGCAGCUUAGGGGUUGGCAUCUCUUCCAGGCGAGAAGCGCUGCCCCGCGGCUCGGUCGGUCCAUGCCUUGUACAGUUCAGAUGAGCCAUGUAUUUAUUAGUGGAGCUGGUGGCCUGGCCAGCUCACCAGCCCUUCUCCCCUCCCCGUGUCGCACCGUGGCGGUGCCCUCCGUCGCCUGUCGUGUUACAGAGGUGAACAAGCAACUCGUGCCAAUGGUGACGUGCCAGCAGCUCCCCCGUGCCCCUGCUGCCGCCUCGGCAGCAUCCCUUCUGCCCCCUUGUAGGACUGAGAAGCCGGUGACGGGAGCGGUCAGGGAACAGGACUUCAGCAAAUAGUCUCCCGAUGAUGCAAAACUCCCAGGGGAUCCUCUGCUCCAGGCUGGGGGGGACGCCGUGACGGCACAGCUCUGGGGACAGGGACGCCACAGCCCUUCCCACCGUCCACAGCCCCGAGGAAGCUCCGCGCUGCUCUCACACCUCCUUAACCUUCCUCCGGUCGGUGCCGAUCUCCGGGGCACUGUGGGACCGAGGUGCCGCCUCCUGCCGCGGUGCAGGCUGCACAUCCACUUCUCUUGUCCUUCGGCUGCCGUAGAGCCUCAGGAAGGACCCACGCGCACCCUCCACCUCGUUACAGCCGACACCCCCACCGAAAUCACCUUUCACUAACGAGCACAGCCCACCCUGCACCCGUCCCAUCCCUGGGCCACAGCACAUCCCUCCUCCCCGGACCCGCACAGCCAUGGCGAGCCCAGCGCUCCCCACCCUGACGGACAAGGGCUCUGUGUCCCUUUUCUCCAGCUGCCAGACGGGCAACUGGAUUGAAGAAUUAACAGAAAUCUCCAAGCCACAGUCUGACCUGAGGGAUCAGGGGGGAGAUGGGCUGUCGUUGCCCCCUGACCCCACACGCUCUCACUUGCGCACUGCGACCGUCCCUCCUGGGAACCCCGGCUGCCUUAUCUCCUCCCGUGCCCUUAUGUCCAUGGGAACCUGGCAACGGGAGCGGGUUAAACAACCCAAACCAACCACUUUUGUUAUGUUUUCUACCCCAGCUCUUAAAAUUUCCUCCUGCCGCCCGCAAGCGGAUAACAAGGCUCCAUUGCACAUCACCAGCGGUGACUCUCCCGUCCCCCUGCAGCCGGGAGGGCAUCAGGUGGCAUCCAGCUUGCCAAGGUGGAGGUCUCCAGCCGGGAUCACUUUGUGCAAAUCCAGUGGUAUUUUUACUGCAAUACAUUUGUUUGCCCACUAGCGAGCUGGGCACCAGCCCGGGAAGCCCCAUCCCAGGGUUGCAGGGGUGGGGUUCUUGCGUGAUCCCAUACCAAAAAUUUGGCCAAGGGCUCAAAGCUGUGCACAAGCAGCAAAAUUCAGCAUCCCUCACCCCACAGGCCACACAUGGAAACCAGUCUGUGCCUUCCACACCCCACCAUGCCACUCCGGGGCAUCCCGGACAGUCCCAGCGCACAGCACAAGCCGAUCCUUAGCCAGGGUCCGCGGGAGGAAAGCCAACCUCAAAUCCCAGUUCCAGCCCUACAGCUGUAGGUCGGGGCCACGCCGGGUGAGCCGGCCUCUGCCCAGCCCUGCGGAGGGAUGCUUUGGAGAGCCGAAGGAUCGGGGAUGAAGGACGGCACCUGGCUGCGCUCCGGCUCGCGAAGCCAGAAGGGAUUUUCUGCAUCAUCCAAGCCAUAACCCCGCACCAAGGGCUCUGCACCCCCUCCCCACCCCACGUCAGAGCCAGCGCACGGCGAGCAGGAGCUUUCUAGUGCCAAACACGCCGGGGGUGGCGAGGGGGGCAGAGCCCUCCCCGCCUGCCCAGCCCUGCUCCUGCUGGCCCCGUGUCCCCAGCCCCAGUCCCCAUCACCCCAGCCCCGUGUGUGUCCCCCCAGCCAGCGCUGUGUGAUGUGAUCGCCCGGAGGCGUCGACGUGCUGCCUUUUGCACAACGCUGUGUGUGACCGUCUGCAUCGCAGCUGUGUCGCUCCCGGUUGAGCCGCGGCCGCCCUGCCCGCUCCGUGGCUGGCCGGGCUCCGCCUGUACAGAUAAUUAUUUUUCUGCAGGUUUUUCGGAUGUUAUUUCUGGUGACCGAUGUAAACUACUGGUAAUUUUAUGUUUUUAUUUAUAAAUAAAUUUUUAAAAACUUC